GCGGCGUCGCCAUGGGAUGUAACAUGUGUGUGGUGGAGAAACCCGAAGAACAAUAUAGGGUCAUGCUGCAGGUGAAUGGUCGGGAGUUGUCCCGGCUCUCACAGGAGCAGACCCUGGAAGCCCUGCGGUGCUCUAAGGAGCCUCUGGUCAUCCAGGUGCUGAGGCGCAGUCCCCGCAGCCGGGGUGGGGGCGGUGAAGGUCCCGCCCCCCAAGGGGACCCCACAACACUGGUGGACAGCGGAACUCAGACGGACAUCACCUUUGAACACCUGUUGGGGCUAGGCAGGAUGCGGCCACCAAGCCCGCCGGCUGUCACCCUGGAACCCUAUGGGCUGCCUGAACUUCCCUCAAUUGGGCAUGAAUAUUACGACCCUGUGGAAUUCAUGGAAGGAGGCGCCCCAGAGGCUGAGCGAGCAGAGGAGCUGGAGUAUGAGGAGGUGGAGUUGUACAAAUCCAGUCACCGGGACAAGCUGGGCCUGAUGGUUUGUUACCGAACUGAUGACGAGGACGAUGUAGGCAUCUACGUUGGAGAGGUCAACCCUAACAGCAUUGCUGCCAAGGAUGGACGCAUCCGGGAAGGAGAUCGCAUCAUCCAGAUUAAUGGCAUGGAGGUACAAAAUCGAGAGGAGGCUGUAGCGAUUCUCACCCAGGAGGAGCGGACAAAUAUUUCUCUGCUGCUGGCUAGGCCUGAGACUGAGCUUUCCAAGCGUUGGAAAGACAGCGACCGCGAGGAUUUCCUGGAUGACUUUGGUUCUGACCACGAAGCUGGAACAAAACCCCGGCGGCUCCUUUCUCCCCCAGCCCAGCCGAAUGAACCUCUGCAAGAAAAGCCUCCUGGGGAUCCCGCCACCCCCCUGACCAACAGCCAGGAGCUGGACAGUGGUGUUGGCCGCACAGAUGAAAGCACCCGCAACGAGGAGAGCUCUGAACAUGACCUCUUAGGAGACGAAGCGCCCAGUGCUGCCAACACCCCAGGGAGCCUGCGCAAGUUUGGGCCCAGCCUACAGCCCCGGGACUUCCACUACAGCAUGGACUCGCUGCUGGCAGGGGAGCCGCCUAGCGCUGUGGGCACAGACAUGAUGCCGGGCCUCACCGACGAAGAGUACGAACGCUACCGCGAGUUGCUGGAGCUGAAGUGCCACCUGGAGAACGGCAACGACCCAGGCCUGGUGAGCGCUGCGCUGGACGUCAACCGCAACGAGGUGGCCCUACUGGAGGAGGAGCUUCGCCACCUGGAAUUCAAGUGCCGCAACAUCCUGCGAGCGCAGAAGAUGCAACAGCUACGUGAACGCUGCAUGAAAGCCUGGCUGCUCGAGGAGGAGGGGCUGUACACCCUGGAAGGGGAGCCCAAGAAGCACGAGUUGUCGGACAUCACUGAGCUGCCAGAACGCUCGGAUAAAGACAGUACCAGUGCCUACAACACUGGGGAGAGCUGCCGGAGCACCCCCUUGCUGGAGAGCCCCUUGCGCCGCUUGGCCGACCCCCCCAACCUCAACCGGACUGCCCCCCCUUCCCCGCCACAGCCCAAAUUCCGGCGGGAAGAGCGGGUGCGGCGUAGUGCCAAGGCAGCUGGGGAAGGCAGCCCGUAUCUGAGCCGGCGUCAGCAGCAGCGGGAAGAGACGCCGGCUCCCAUUAGCCCUAUGAGCCUAGCCAGCAUAUGCAAAGACUCUCUUGGGGGCAAAGGAGAGCCCCGCAUGGAGUGGAAAGUGAAGGUCCGCAGCGACGGCACACGCUACGUGGCCAAGAGGCCAGUGAGGGACCGGCUGCUCAAAGCCAGGGCCAUGAAGAUCCGCGAGGAACGCAGCGGCAUGACCACAGACGACGACGCCGUCAGCGAGAUGAAGAUGGGGCGCUACUGGAGCAAGGAGGAGCGGAAGCAGCACUUGAUCCGUGCCCGCGAGCAACGGAAGCGCCGCGAGUUUAUGAUGCAGAGCCGGCUGGAGUGUUUGAGGGAACGGGAAGGCAGCGAGGCACGGGGGGUGUCUGGUGAGGUCAACAUCUUGGCCCUAAGUCACCGCAAAACCAUGAAGAAACGGAGUCGGCGGAUCCUGGACAACUGGAUCACCAUCCAAGAGAUGCUGGCGCACGGCACCCGCUCAGCAGAUGGACGCAGGGUUUACAACCCACUGCUGUCUGUCACCACUGUUUGAGUGCAUAGGAAGGAACAACAGAGGGAGUUGCAGUUUUCUUUUCCCCUCCAGGUGUGCUGGAGGAAGAAAAAUAGAUAGGCCCAUCGCCUCCUCUGUUGCCAGGAAGACUUCUCUUUGAACACACACCAGGGAACCUUUUUCAUACUGCGAUCUGAGCUCCGUGGGGCUCAGAAAGGCCCUCCUCUCUGAACCAAAUUUAGAGUGGGACAGUCAAUCCAGCGUCCUUUCCUGCCUUAAAAACCAGGGGGCAAGAUGGGCCGCUCCCAAACCUGCAACCAUCAGGAGUUUGCUGUGCAGUAAAGUCUAUUUUCCUGUAUUGAAGGGGAUUGUGCAGGGCAGCUCUGCCACCCAUUGCUUACAGAAAAGCUUUUGCUAGCUUAGCUCUUGCCAGUCACACUCUGAAGCACAAGGAAUUGGCGGUGGCCUACAUGCAACGUGCAGAGCACAAGGGAAGCGAGGAGGCUCACCCCCUACAGGUCAACAAGACCCAUGAAGGUCUCCUCCACCCCACCCCGAGUUGGGAUGUUGUGACAUCUUUCUGUCCUCUUUUUCUUUCUCUCUCUUUUCUCUUUUGUGGUCGUGGCUCUAAAUUUCUUUUUCAUUUCUCUAUUUAAACCAGGAGGUCUGGGCCCUGGCGGCUCAUCCUGCAAGCAACCCACAGUCCCCUUCCUGCAUUUUCUACCAUCUGAUUGCCCCAUGCUGCCCCAAGGAAAGGGGCACUGGCUUAGCAUAGGAAGGCUGUGGAGCAGAUAGCUUGUGGUAAACUCUGUACCUGAGGCUGAACUUGCAUUGUUACAAUAAAAACAAAAAUGUCCUUUUUACUCAUUGCAA